AUGGAGAAAGAGGGCUCUGCAACAGUCGACCGACCACGCAGUAUCGCAGCUGGCGAGACACUCUCUGGGGGGAUGAGGAUGGUUAUGACGCCUAUUGGCGAGCAGUUCCGCAAGUUACGCAGAGCGAUGCAUUCGCAUCUCCGUCCACAGGUAGUUCCAGAUUACACGCCCAUUCUAGCGCGUAACGCAAAGCGGCAUCUCAUUGACAUUAUCAAUGACCCUUUCAACCACCAGGGCCAUGCUAAACGAUAUGCCGCCUCUGUCGUGAUGGAAAUUGCCUACGGAAAACAGCCUAAGCUAUACACCGACCCAGAGAUCUUAGCUAUCAACGAAUGUUCUAGGAGAUUAGGCUUGAACUUGCGACCCGGAAUAUAUAUUCCGGGAUACUUGAAAGAGCUACAGGAUGCCCAUAUUGACGAGCUGGCGCUGUUUAAACGACUUCUGUAUGAAGUCAAAACAAAAAUGGAAUCCAAAUCAGAUGUGCCUGAAUCCUUCAGCAAGUACCUCAUUGAACGACAACCUGAGCUCGGGCUAUCCGAUUCCGAGAUGGCUUAUCUCGCCGGGAGCAUGUUCGGUGCGGGGUCAGAUACGACGGCGUCAGCCAUCAGCAUCAGCAUCAUCGCCGCCGCGUGCUAUCCCGCAGCGCAGAAUCGUGUGCAGGACGAGCUGGAUGCAGUGAUUGGCCGAGAAAGAGCUCCUACGUCCGCCGACCAGGAUAUGCUCCCACAGACGAUGGCGUUUGUGCUGGAGACGUUCAGAUGGAGGCCUGUUGCUCCAGGAGCAGAAUUACCUGAUUCCUAA